CACAAGGGAAAAUAAACCCACUGACGUAUUCUAACAGUGGGGUGUCCAGUGUUUCCACCACAGCACGGGCCUCGCAUCAGACCCUCCGCCUGCUUAUCAUAUCUCUCCUGUCAACAAUAAUGAAAAUAGAAACUCAACCGUGGAUUUUUGUGGCGGUGACAUGAUCAACACCGCGACCUCAAUAAACACAUUUCAGUAACGAUAACAUGGGUUGUAUGUGUGGGCGGGAGUGUAUGUAUCAAGCCACAAUGUCAAUGCAGCAUGACAUUAUAAACGUAAUCAUCACUACCAGGUGCACGGUACUUAAUAUUCACAUCAAUAAUUGUGAUGAUGGCGAGGAGACCAUGAGAUGGAGGAGGCUGUGACUUGCUUCGUGUGCUUCAAGGUGUACCAGCAGGGCACCCGCGACCCACUGGUGCUGCCAUGCGGCCACACCUUCUGUCGCGCCUGCAUAUCGGCCGUUCACAGCAUUUCGCGGGGAAACCUGAUUUGUCCAACCUGCCGAAGGGAUUCCGGUAUUGUUGACAUCAACCAGCUGCCCAUCUGCUACCCGCUUGCCAGCCUGUCAUCCAACUACAACGACAUCAAGUUUGGAUCGUGCAGGAACCACGAGGAGGAGCAGCGCUUCUGGUGUGAGGAGUGCGAGUUGCCACUGUGUUCCCUGUGCCUCUAUGCGAACCACCAGCAGGGCCACACCGUGCUACCCAUCAAGACUGUCAUGGAGGACAAAAAGGCACGCCUCAACAAGCAGCUGGCACGCCUGAGUGACGAGGUAAUGCAAGGCAGGGGCGAGAUAUACUUCCUGUACGACUACCUGACCACCAAAAUGAAACAGGUACUGAGCCUGGAGGAGAAAGUUGACCUCCUGUUAGCCGACACGGAUGAAGCCUGCAGUGUGGAGGACAUCCUGGAAUGCGAGGAUAAAGUGAAAGCUGCAGAAGAAGAAAACGAAACGUGGCUGCCAACGAAACUGUGCGACAUUGAAAACAAACUUAAGGAUAUGAAACUCGAUAGUGUUACAUUUGUUGAGAACAGCGAGCCUCAAGCGUCACUGCAGGCGCUGGAAGAGGAAGACUAUGGCACGCGGCGCAUGAGGCUGGACUAUCGAGAGGGUCAUCUUCUGCUGCACUCAACCGCUCAUCCUGCAGACGGGCACUUGUCUGUCAAGGUUCCGUCCGAAGUGUUCCUGGAGCUGGGAGUGGGCGGCAUCUGUCUGGGCCGAGUCUAUAUCAGCCUGUGGUGCCACCUACGCCGGGCGCAACAGUUCCUGGCACUCUGCAUGGGCACGAUGGGGCCGUCUUACGUCGGGUCUUGCUUCAGCCACGUGGCGUACAAGGGUAAGCCGAAAGAAACGCUGUGCUGCAGAGAGUACUGGACGGAGAGCGACGGGCCGGGCAUGAAGGAGCUGCUGGCUGACCUAGAGUGGGGUGACCAAUACACCAAAGAGCCGAGCAAUGGCCUCCUCAUCCCACUCAGCAAAUUCAUUGACCAACACGGCUUCGGCAUCUGCACGAGAGGUCAGACAGGCGCCACCUUCCAAUGCCCUUUCGGCGAGGUAAUGAGCGGCAUGGAGGUGGUGCUCGCCGCCGUGAAACAUCACCCAGUCACGGAGGUCACCAUCACGCACUGUGGCCUCGUGCUCCCAGAACUCUCGCUGUGACUCACUGAAAAACACUAAAAUUAAGUUCUGGAGCUGCUCGCUCGCUCGCCAUGCGCUCAUGACUUCGUAUUGACUCUGUGGCGAAUUGAAGGAUGGUGAAAGUGCAGCCGAUAUCCACCACUCAGAGGCCUGAGUACCUGUCUUAAUAAACUGAAGGCAAGGGAAAGUUAACAUGUUUGGCCCUGCUGGUUAUGUCAAAUACAAGUCAAGAAGCGAACACUUCCCUGAGAUGUGUGAUGUUUCUUUAGAAGAAAAUUGUGAUAUUAUACUUUAUGAGAAUGAGUGUAACUAAUCCAGCUAGCAAGGACUGUAGUGGUCAGAGAAGUAGUGCUCGCUACAGGCUAAACCAGGGAAGGUAUAGAAGGUAUAGACCGCCAGACUCUUUCAGUACCUUGCUCGAACUACCCCUGCGAUGGUUACCAAUUGCCGAGUGAUGGGGCUGUGUGUGCGGUGUUGCUGAAUGCAGACAAGACACUACUGAAGCUUCAGGAUGUUCUGUGUGUGGUGGUAAUUUUCAGGCAGUGAUUUCACAUGUUAGGUGGAGAGCACAGAUAUUGUUGCAUUGUUAUAACUUUGGUGUUACUGCUAUAAUUAUAGUUGCUGUUAAAAUAAUAAUAAUAUUAUUAUUAUCAUUA